AAACCUUAUGCACCUUAUAAAUUAGCUCCACAAUCACUCUCUUGUGCAUUUCUCAACUAUGCUUCCAACCAUUUAGGCUAUCUUUGUCUACAUUUACCCACAGGCUGACUUUACACCUCUAGAGAUGUCAUUUUUUAUGAAGCCCAAUAUCUCUUCUCCUCUUAUGUCACUAACAGCCCACCAGCCCCUAUUACACCUCACUUAAUUUUACCUUACUUCCCAGGCCCAACUACACCAAGCCCAGCACUUACCCCAAACACAAUAACUUCCCCAUCUUCUCCUAAUAUUGUCACUUCUCAUCAGUCCACCAGCGUCGUCCCAUUUCCCUCAUCCUCACCUUCUAACACCUCAUCAUCAUCCUCUCCAGCACCGACCCCACCGCCACCUCCUAAAUAUCCUAUGAUCACUAGAUCCUGUGCUAAUAUCUUCGAACCUAAAGCUCUACCUGAUGCCUUUAUCUCUAAGCCGCCACCUUGAGCCCAUCACUCCUCGGGUCCUGAACCACCAAACCCCUCUUUGGUCACUUUUACUCUUCGAUUUUUAGAAUGGUGUUAGGCUCUCUGCUAAGAAUUUCAUGCUUUACUUUCUACUCACAUAUGGAUCUUGGUUCCCCUCUCCAAAUCCAUAAAUGUUGUGGGAUGCAAAUGGAUAUUCUGAAAAAUAUAUCACGCUGAUAGUAGUCUUGAUCAAUGCAAAGCUCACCUUGUGGCCAAAGGUUUUCACCAAUAACUGGGCAUCAACUUUACCGACACCUUCUCUCCAGUGGUAAAACCUCUCACUGUUCGAAUCAUCCUUUCAAUUGCUGUCUCUCAUGGUUGGCCUCUCAAACAAAUUGAUGUUCAGAAUGUGUUUCUGCAUGGGUUUCUUUAAGAAAAUGUUUACAUGCAACAACCUCUUAGGUUUGUCCAUCCAGAUUAUCCUUACUAUGUCUGUAAAUUAAAUCAUGCCAUCUAUGGUCUGAAACAAGCUCCACGAGCUUGGUUUGCUUGGCUAAGUUCCUGACUUCAACAAUUGGGUUUUCGCUCCUCCAGGUCUGAUUCUUCCUUAUUUAUUUGCACCAAUACCUUCUAUACUAUGUAUGUCCUGGUAUAUGUUGAUGACAUAAUAAUCACUGGCUCCUUUACUACUGCUGUUUAAGACUUGAUUUCUGCAUUGGGAGAAUCUUUUCUUGUUAAAGAUCUUGGCAAUCUUCAUUAUUUUUUGGGUGUUGAAGUACUAUCUAAUCAAUCUAGUCUUAUUUUAUCCCAACGAAAAUAUAUUCAAGAUCUCCUUGUCAAGGCCAAAAUGUCCAAAGCACGCCCUGUUUCCUCACCAAUAGCACCUAAUAUGCACCUUUCCACUCAUGACAAUCCUUCAUUUCACGACCCCCUGCUCUAUCACAGCAUUGUUGGUAGUCUUCAAUAUCUCAAUUCCAUUCAUCCUAAUAUCAUGUUCGCUGCAAAUAGAGUUUGUCAAUUUAUGCAUGAUCUAAAGGAAACCCACUAGACUGCAGUCAAACGAAUCCUUGGUUACUUGCAAGGCACCUCUCAUCUUGCUCUGUACAUUCGACCUUCAACUUCACGUACCCUCUCUGCAUUUUCGGAUGUUGACUGGGGUGGAAAUUCGGAUGAUCUACAGUCUAUAGGUGCUUUUGCCAUUUUUUUUGGUCCAAAUCUCAUUGCCUAGAGCUCAUGCAAGCAACCAACAGUUGCACGAUCCAACACAGAAGCCGAAUACAAAGCUAUCACUACCACUACUAGUGAACUAAUCUAGCUUCAAAGUCUCCUGUAUGAACUUGGCAUUCACUUGCGUCAAGCACACUUUCUCUAUUGUGACAACUUGGGUGCCACCUAUCUAGUUGCCAAUCUUGUCUUCCACUCUCGGGCUAAACACAUCUCUCUUGAUUAUCAUUUUGUCUGUGAAUGUAUGGCAGCCAACCUACUCCACAUACUACAUGUCUCUUCCAAAGAUCAAUUAGCGAACAUUCUUACCAAACCUCUUCCCUCUUCUCACUUUGCUACUUUAAGAUUGAGUCUCAUUAUUCUUCCAUUCCAAUUUGAUUCGCGAGGGAAUGUUGAAACAUAUAAGCAUACAUCCAUCACCACAUCAACAAAGGACUCCACAUCAAAUAACAAGAAGAAGAAAAUAUAAUUAGGCAUCACAUGAUCCUCACACGCUAUCACAAAUUCUAGAUCAUUCUUUUUGUAAAACAUGUCAUCUUCUUAUUGAUCAGACCACACUAUAAAUAUGUAUUCACUAUUCAUUGUAAUUAGUGUGCAUGGAAUAAUACUCAGUUUAUUCAUUUUUCAUUUUUGCUCUAUGAAGAGGGAAUAUUUGUUUAAUGAGAAAAUGGCUUCAAACUUGUCAAACGUGUCCAGAACGUUCGUUCACCCACCGUUUACGUUAUAAGUGGACUGCGUACAGAUUUCACACCAGCCAAGUGCCAAACCUAUGCAUUAAUUAAUACAGUUACAAAGACUUGGACAUUCAUUCAUUUAUAUUAAUAAUUAUAUGCGUGUGUGCGUGGCAGUAGAGCAGCACAUCAAUAACUGAAUCACUCUCAUUCUUUUUAUUUUAUGAUUAUGAUUAAUCAGCUCCUGACACCACCGCCAUUACGACCAUUGUAGCUUCUUUCUAGUCCUCCGUUCACACUGCUCCUCUCUGCGUUUUUCUCCUUUCUCUUUCUUCUAAUGUUCAAGCCUGUUCCAGUUUCAUUCUUCACAAAGAAUGUUAAUUCCAAGAAACUUCUUCUCGUAAACAGCUGCUAUAAGGCAACAAACAAGGCACGUGCUUUCUGUUCCUCGUAACGUAAGCCUUCCAAGUUCCAAGUUCCAAGUUCCAACCUUUGUUGGUGUCUCGUCGAGUCUCUUGUCUUGUUACCAAUGAGGUUUCUUUGGGUUCUUCUUCCUCUAUGUUUUUCUUCCUUGUUAUGCUCAGUUUCUGCUUUGAGCUCUGAUGGGGUGACUCUAUUGUCACUCUUGAGGCAUUGGACUUCUGUGCCUCAUCCUGUAAAGUCCACCUGGAAUCUCUCAGAUUCCACCCCUUGCUCGUGGGUUGGAAUCCAGUGCGACCAUGCCCACAAUGUGAUCUCUCUUAACCUCACUGGUUAUGGGAUUGAGGGUCAAUUAGGACCUGAGGUUGGACUUCUGAAUCACUUGAAGAGCCUUGUAUUGAUGAAUAAUGGGUUCUCUGGAACAAUUCUUCCUGAGUUAGGAAAUUUUAGCGUGCUAGAAUACUUGGAACUUUCUGGAAACAGCUUCAGUGGACAAGUGCCUGAUACCUUCAAAAGCUUACAAAAUUUGAAGUUUAUCAGCCUUUCUUAUAAUCAACUCACUGGUCAAAUCCCAGAAUUCAUCACUCAAAUCCCUCACCUGCAACAUGUCGAAAUGUCUGAUAACUCUCUCAACGGUUCCAUUCCUUCAGGUAUAGGAAACAUGAGUGAGCUUUUAGUCCUGUAUCUUCAGAAUAAUAAGUUGUCUGGGGAAAUUCCUUCCCCAAUUGGGAAUUGUAGUAAAUUGCAGGAAUUGUUCUUGAAUGAGAAUCAGUUUCAGGGAACCCUUCCUGAGACUCUUAACAAUCUCCAUAAUAUAGUUUAUUUGGGCUUUGCUAAUAAUAAUCUUAGGGGCACUAUUCCAUUGGGUUCUGGCAGUUGUGAAAAUCUGCUUUUCUUAGAUCUGUCAUACAACGCAUUUAGUGGAGGAAUUCCUUCAAGCUUGGGGAAUUGUAGUGGUUUAACCCAAUUUGCUGCUGUUAGUAGUGGCCUAACUGGCAAUAUUCCAGCCUCCAUUGGUCUUCUUCACAAGCUUUCCAUCUUGAGCCUUCCUGUGAAUUAUUUGUCCGGAGAAAUACCUCCGGAGAUCAGAAAUUGUAAGUCUUUGACACGGUUGCAUUUGUAUUCCAAUCAACUUGGGGGUGAAAUUCCUAGUGAGCUAGGAGAGUUGAGUGAAUUACAGGAUCUUGAAUUGUUUUCCAACCGUUUUACCGGUGAAAUUCCUCUUAGUGUCUGGAAGAUUCAAAGUCUUGAGCAUAUUCUUGUGUACAAUAAUAGCCUUUCUGGGGAACUACCUUUGGAGAUGACAGAGCUCAAGCAUCUGAAGAAUAUCUCAUUGUUUAACAACCACUUCUCUGGAGUCAUACCUCAAACUUUGGGAAUCAAAAGCCGUUUAGUACAGUUGGACUUUACGAAUAAUAAGUUCACUGGAAACAUCCCACCAAAUCUUUGCUCUGGAAACAAAUUAACUGUGCUGAAUUUGGGCCUCAAUCAGCUUCAAGGCAGAAUACCUCCAGAUGUAGGAAUGUGUACGACUCUUAGAAGGUUGAUUCUGAAAGAAAAUAAUUUUACAGGGCCUUUUCCUGAUUUUCAAUAUAAUCCAAAUCUCACGUUCAUGGAUAUCAGCAGAAACAAUAUUAAUGGCUCAAUCCCACCAAGUUUGGGAAACUGCUCCAAUGUCACUGAUUUAAUUUUGUCAAAUAAUAACUUUGCGGGGCAUAUACCACCAGAGCUAGGUCACCUUGCUAGCCUGAAGACUCUUCAUCUUGCUCACAACCACUUAGAAGGUCCUUUGCCACCCGAGCUAUCAAAGUGUACUAAAAUGGAUAGUUUUGAUGUGGGAUACAAUUUACUGAAUGGUGCAUUUCCACCAAGUUUGAGGAGCUGGUCGGUGCUUACCACAUUAAUUCUAUGGGAAAAUCAUUUUAAUGGGGGCAUCCCGGAUUUCUUGUCAGAAUUUAACGAGCUCUCUGAGCUGCAGCUUGGUGGGAAUAUGUUUGGAGGAAAAAUUCCAGGAUCAAUUGGGGCAUUGCAGAAUCUGCGCUAUGGGUUGAAUCUAAGUGCUAAUGGACUGAUUGGCAAAAUCCCUCCAGAGAUGGGAAAAUUAACAAAUCUGCUAAGUCUGGAUCUAUCUCGAAACAAUCUGACUGGAAGCACAAAAGUUCUUGCUGAGCUUUCUUCAUUACUUACAGUCAAUGUUUCAUACAAUUUGUUUCAUGGUCCUGUACCAAAGAUGCUGAUGAAGCUGCUUAAUUCUUAUCCUUCAUCGUUUUUGGGAAAUCCAGGCCUGUGUGUUAGUUGUUCAUCAUCAAACAGAUUGGAUUGCAAUCAGAGCAUCUAUCUAAAGCCAUGUGAUGAUAGAGUGACAAACCAGAAAGGCCUUAGUAAAGUUAAAAUAGCAAUGAUAGCACUUGGAUCGUCAAUAUUUUUUGUUCUUUUGCUGCUGGGAGUAGUCUGUGUGUGUGGCCGAAAAUCUAAUCAAGAAGUCCAGAUCUCUGCCAAAGAAGGUACUUCCUCACUACUUAACAAAGUGAUGGAGGCUACUGCUAACCUAAAUGACCGAUUUAUCAUUGGUAGAGGAGCUCAUGGAGUAGUUUAUAAAGCUACUGUAGAUCCAGCCCAAGUUUUUGCUGUGAAGAAGCUUGCAUUUGCUGGGAACAAAGGCAAGAGCUUAAGCAUGGUUAGAGAAAUUCAAACCCUUGGAAAGAUUAGGCACCGGAAUCUGGUCAAAUUGGAAGACUUUUGGUUGAGAAAGGACUUUGGUCUGAUCUUGUACACCUACAUGCCAAAUGGAAGCCUUCAUGAAGUCUUGCAUGAAAAGCAUCCACCGCCAUCCUUAGAGUGGAAUGUCCGAUAUAAGAUAGCCAUUGGCAUUGCUCAUGGACUGGCCUAUCUCCAUUACGACUGUGAUCCUCCCAUAGUGCACCGUGACAUCAAACCAAGAAACAUACUCCUAGAUUCUGACAUGGAGCCUCACAUAGCCGAUUUUGGUAUUGCCAAGCUUUUGGAUCAAGCUUCUGCUUCAACACCAUCUAUAUCUGUCCCUGGCACAGUAGGCUAUAUUGCACCAGAGAAUGCAUAUACAACAGCAAAUAAUAGAGAAUCUGAUGCAUACAGUUAUGGGGUAGUUUUGCUUGAGUUAAUAACCAGAAAGAAAGCAGUAGAUCCAUCAUUUAUGGAGGGCGUUGAUAUAGUGGGCUGGGUCAGAACUCUCUGGGGUGGAACAGAAGAUGUUCACAAGAUUGCUGAUUCUGGCCUUGCCGGGCAGUUUUUGGAUUCAAAUGUUCUCGAUCAAGCGACCAAAGUGCUUUUGGUGGCUCUGAGAUGCACUGAGAAUGAUCCACGCAGGAGACCCACAAUGAGAGAUGUUGUCAAGCAAUUAGAAGAUGCUAAUCCGAGGACAAGAAGUAAAAAGCUUCCAAGUUCGAACUCCUUAAUCCAUAGUUGAUUAUGCAAUGUAAGAUUCAGAAGUCUAUUGUUUCUUCUCUCAAGCAGCGAAAUAGCUCACUUGCACAGCAAUUCAAAUGUAGAUGCCUAUUGAUGGUUUUUGAACUUCAACUUCAAAAUGUGAUUUAUAGUUUCAAAAAUUUUCCCUGGAUGUAACUGGAACUGUCAAAUUCCUUUCCACGUAAGCAAAUUUAGAAUGUGAGUAGCUGAAGGCAAACAGAGGGUAUGCCUCAAAUUUUGCUGGUGUCAACAAUUUAGUUGAUAUUGUGCAGUUUAAUCCGACAAAUUACAACGUGAUUUUUUAAAUUUUUGGUUUACAAUUUCUCAGAGGUGAGCUAAGCUUUGUUUAAAGUUCAAAACUGAUAUUUAAAAUUUCAAUGACAUGUUGUAGCCUGUAGGUCCCAU